AAGAUAAACAAUAUGUUAAUGAUAAGAUUCGGUUUAUUAUAAAAGUCGAUCCGUAUAAAUUGAAUUUGUCAGUUUCUGUGAGAUAAGAAAUAGGAACGUUCACUGUGUUACUGUUGUGUUAUUACACAGAAUGAAAUUGUUAUGUCUGUUGUUGAUUGCUGUCGCUGCAACGGUGGCAAACGAAAAUUUAAACGAUUGUUCUGAGUUUACGGCCGAACAAUGUAUCGAUAUAGGAAUCAAUGACCAUGGAGUACAUUAUUAUGCUCAUCCCUAUAAUUGCCAUAAAUUUUAUAAAGUUGAGGGAGGAAAAGCAUGUCUGAGUUGCUGUCCGUUAAUCCAUCCCGACAAAUCGAAUCGGCUUGUCUUCAAUCCAGAGAGCGGAAUGUGUGACUGGCCAUUCAACGUAAGAAAUCCAGCAGGCAAUUGCAACGAUGUUAACCAAAUACCACAAUCAAUUAAUUUACAAACUACAAUCCGAGUGAAUUGUCCAGAGAGAGGAACGUCAUUUGUAAAAGAUGACAAAGAUUGUACUCGAUAUUACAAAUGCGUGAAUGGAACAUCAAAGGGACCAUUUAGGUGUAUGGAAGGUACCGUUUUUAACCCUGUGAUUCAAGCUUGUGAUAUUCCAGGUAAUAGUCCUAGCUGCAACCACUCAAAAUAAAUUCCAAAAUAAGAAAAAAUAUUUCUCCGUUCAAACAAUACGGCUGAAUUUGUUACCAAUGCACUUUAUAAGCAGAAAU